CGCAGAUGCUUUCCUGGAGGUAAAGCAAGAAGUUGUUCAAGAUGAUGAAAGUCGUGUGUCUCAUUGCGCUGCUCCUGGUGUUCUUCGUGGCCGCAUCCUCUGCUGAUGGGGACAUGUCUCAAGUCCACGCAUAUCGGAGAGAAGAGGCAGUCCUUGCGAGACGUCUGACAGCACGUUCAAGUUCCGGCAGCAGCUCCAGCAGCAGCUCCGAUACUACCCCUGCUCCUACCCCUGCUCCAACCGCAACUCCUGCUCCUGCUCCAAGUUCCAGCAGCAGCUCCAGCAGCAGCUCCGAUACUACCCCUGCACCUACCCCUGCACCUACCCCUGCUCCAACAACAGGUUAA